AUGGCAUCAAAUUCUGCAAAGAAAAGAAAGGUGGAUGCUGAAAAUCGUGUUUUCAAUGAAGAAUGGACAGACAAGUAUGCAUUCAUUUUGCCGCAAUCGAGCACAAGGCCGAUGUGUUUGAUUUGCUCGGAAACUGUCAGUGUUUCUAAAAAUGCUAAUUUAAAGCGUCACUACGAUUCCAAGCACAACCGAUUUGAGCAACAAUACCCACAGAACACAGAGAUAAGGGAUACUAAAAUAAAUCAGUUGAAAUCUUCCUAUGAAUCUUCCAGCAGACAGUUUGUUAGAUGUGUGACACAACAACAAAAAGCAACUGAAGCUUCCCUCCGUGUGGCCUGGGUUCUGGGUAAAAACAAGAAACCGUUUUCCGAUUCAGAACUAGUCAAGGAAUGUUUGAAUGAGGUUGUUGAUUCCAUGUUUACAGGGAAGGAAAGACAGGAUUUAUCAGAUAAAUUCAACCAAAUUCCACUAUCCAACAGCACUUCUACUCGGAGAACAGAACUACUGGCGGAUGAUGUUCUGCAGCAACUGACUGGUGAUUUGAACAAUGCAGAAUACAUUGCCCUUGCAUUGGAUGAAUCAACUGAUAAUACAGAUAAAGCACAACUUUGUGCCUUCGUCAGAUACUUCAGUAAGGCCAAAGCUGAAAUUUGCGAAGACAUACUUGGCCUAAUACCCCCGCUUGGUCGUACAAGAGGAGAGGAUAUUUAUGAAGCCAUCAUGGAGAUGCUACGAGACAGAGGAAUCGAUAUCAAGAAAGUUGUGUCAGUUGCAACUGAUGGUGCGCCAGCCAUGAUUGGGAGACAGAAGGGAGUUGUUAGCCGUUUGAAAGAGCAUCAACCAUACAUGUUGUCCUAUCACUGUAUCAUACACCAGUCAGUAUUAUGUGCCAGUCUUGGGAAUGAGUACGCAGAUGUAAUGGAAACCAUUAUGAAACUAGUGAACUACUUGAGAGCAUCUUCUGCACUUCAGCAUCGUCUCCUGAGAUCAUUCCUGAAUGAGGUCAAUGCAUCCUAUGAUGACUUACUCCUUCAUAACAAUGUAAGGUGGCUAAGUAAGGGACAGGUCCUGGGAAGGUUCUGGGCCAUUAAGAAAGACCUUGAAAUGUUUCUGUCACAGCAGACUACUGCCAAAGCCAGGCAGUUCCUGGACUAUCUCCGUGAUGACAACAAAAUGGAACUUGUGGCUUUCCUGGUGGACAUAACAUCUCAUUUGAAUGAGUUUAAUCUCAAGCUCCAAGGUCAGGGCAGUACUGUGUGUGACCUGAUGACAGCUGUGCGUUCUUUUGAGAGGCGACUGGAGCUCUUCAAGAAUGACAUCACAGAGGCACAUCUCCAUUUUCCAACUCUACUGGGUCACACUAAUGGCAAUCAUCAUCAUGACCAUGUUUCAUUCCUGGAGAAAUUGGCUGACAAUUUCAAAUCUCGCUUCAGUGACUUUUGUGUAGGGAAGCAAGUACUGCUUUGCAUCGGGUCACCAUUCCUUGUGAAGGACCUUGUGGAACUUUCAAGAGAGACCACACGCAUCUUCCCAUGGGCAAACGCUGGGAAACUGCAGACAGAAAUGAUUGAUCUCCAGGAGAAUUUGGCUCUGAAGGAGAGUUUACUUGGAGUCUCAUCUGGCCCUUCAAAGAAAAAGUUUGAGAACCCCUGCUGUAUACGAUACGACCUCGACUCGAAGCCCAAUUUAACUGUCUAA